AUGGGUGUCGACCCUCUAUCUCCGAUUGCGCCUGUGCGCCUCAGGGCGCUUCUUCUUCCCAUUGGCAAAAUCAAGCGCUCGCGAUUCCUCAGUUUCGCUGCCCGUCUACAAGCCGAGAAUGUAGUUCGGCUAGGGGAUAUCAGUCCAGAUGCGCGGCCAAACAGAAACAUGUUCUCGCCGCUGGCAUUUCCCACUGGAUUGAUUCUCUACGACCUUGCGUUUUCGGUCCCUCCAACCUCGCACCUCGAACUGUUCCCCUUUGAAAUAUACAGAGAGCCAUUGGUAGUCAUUGCGAUAGCUGAUGGAAAGGAGCUGCCGGCGAGCACCGGCGAGAAACAGAAGCAUCCGACCCCCGAAGGCCUUGAUCAAUUGCUGGAAGACUUGAGCGGGGUGAGGGAGAGGAAUCCGCGAGCACUGGUGAAUCAACUAUUGGUAUUCGACUAUGAGGGCUUGGACAAGGUCUCAAACGGCCCAGAGAAUGUCCUUUGGGUCCCUCCGCCACAAGCAUCCAAAGCUACUACGAUGAAGACCGUGCUUUGCGAUGUGACCGCAGUCCUACUCGCUGAACUGGACGAGUUUGCGAAGACCAUCCAAGCGAUCCCGUCAAUUGAAUCACCCAAGGCGUUUUCUUGGGGUCCACAUCGCAACCCGGAGCUGAGGCCGCGGCCGGUAGACCGGCUACUGAAUCGAAUGACACUCCCCGCACAGCUACCUUCGAGCCCGAGUGGCGGCCAAGACACGCCCUUGAGCUCCAAUGGUAGCUCUCCGGCUCCUAGUGACCAUGAAACUCCUACCACAUUUGACGAGAUCACCCGUUCAAUUCACCUGACCAGCCGCACAAACUCUGGCAGCAGAACUCCGUCAAUAGCGUCCGCGAAAGAGCAUAGCCGUGACCGGAUGUCUGUUAGCAACAUGAGUGCCACAGAUAGGACAAAAAAUCGGAUCCGAGGCCGUGCCGGGGUGGUGAUUGGUACACUGUUUCUGCAGGCAGGAAGGUGGCCAGAUGCCUUGAAAGAAUUAACGGAAGCGGUUAACAAUGCCCGAGCAAGCAGUGAUUACAUCUGGCACGCCAAAGCUCUGGAGACAAUCCUGCUUUGUUUGAUCAUGUUCGGCUGGGCAGGAAUGGAUUUCCAGAUUCCAUCAGUUCUCUACCCAGUUGCCGAUAAGUCUUCGAAGCCGUCUAGAGACUCAGUUACUCCCAGCAGCACUGGUAACCGAGUCGUAUCCUUGCAUAACUUGGCCAACCUCUUGCCAGACCUGUCAAACAAUAUCCUGAACCUCUAUACCCGCGCCGCCAACAUUACAGACGAGCCCUUACCUCAACUGGUCUUCUCAGAAACGGUCAUCAGGUUGGCCAGAUUGAUGGUCUCAGCUCGCGUGCGUGACGGGGCUUUAGAUGACAAUGCUCUUAAGCACAUCGUGAUGAACGAAACUUUGGUCCCCUUGCUCCAACCAGAACUUCCUCGCGGAACCGUGUUGCUUCGAAAGGCUGAAAUUGCCAACUUUUUGUACCGGGCUUUGCCGUUGGCUCCAGGCGCAGAUCUGCCUGCUACUGAUGCCGUUCCUAUCAUCGUUGGCGUUGUGUCUGUUUUGAACACCCUUGAUUUGCCUAGGAAAAAAGCAUUCAUUUUACGCGAACUUCUUUCUGUGAUGGUACCAAGUCUGGUCCAGGCGCGCAAGAUUGGUGCCGCAGAGGUCGGUAUACACCCAGCUGCUGGGUUGGCGUCUCUUAGCGAUACUGCAUUUGAUGUCAACGCCCUUGACACAGGUUCUGGAAACAUGGAGAGCAGCGUGCGUUUCCUCCUGGCGACCAUUGGAGAAAUCUAUGGUGUACAGCCCUCUUCUUUCUAUGAAUGGGAGAAAAGAACCAGCCAAUCUUCCGCAGUCAGUGGAUUGCAGGAAGGAAGUGAAUAUGACUCUGUGUCUAGCAUUGCCGAACGGGCCUUCAGACAUGUAAUUUUGGAUCGAUAUGGCGAUCUGAAUUUGAAAAUAGAUGUUCUGAAAGCCUGCAUAAACUGCUGCGAAGCACUUCCCGACUUCAAUGGAGUUCUUCGCUUCACCGUUGAGCUCUUGCAGACCAUCCGGGGAGACAUCAUGCUAGGAGAUGGAUACCGAAACCCGCCAUAUCUUCCACAAGACGAGCAAGUCCGUCUUUUGAACAACAUCAAGCGAACAGUAGGUGCCGGAUCCAGAUUGGGUGCUUCGGAAAUGGUCGCCGAAUACUGGGAUGAUUUCCUGGUACGCGAUGUUCAGUCACUGGCACUCCCAGACCCCAAGAGACCCAUGAGGCGGACCAAGGCCGAAUUGAGCACAGCCAAGACAACUUCCAAAACAACGAGGAAAGAUCCAUUCCUGUACAAUCCCUUUGCAAAGGCCAACAGCAAGGCAUUGGAAAUAAUAACAGUGGCUGAUGAGCCUGCGUCUUACCGAGUCACUCUCCAGAACCCAUAUGAAUUCGAGAUCGAAAUCGAACAUCUGCGUUUGGAAAGUACCGGUGUAGCACUCGAUGCCGUGGCAGAAAAUAUCCUCCUUCCUCCUCUAUCAGUCCAGGAUGUGGUCGUGGUGGGUGUCGCUCAAGGGGAAGGCAGCCUGAACAUCACUGGUUGUAUUGUCAAAGUUCGCCACUGCCGGAUGCGAAGAUUCCCCAUCUUCAAGAAAUUCUGGAAGCCAGAACCUGAGGUCAAAUUCAAGCGAACAGGACUGGGUGCCAAACAACCUCUGACGGAGCGCCCGGUUUCCUGGAGCUCAACAACUUCUAAAGAUGGCAAGGUGGAUGUCAAGAAAGGACCCGAGGCAACUUCUUGUGAGGUUAAAGUCAUCGCAAAACAACCAUCACUUGUAAUUGAAUCAAUGUCCUUGUCGCAAUCGGCGAUGAUGGUUCUCGAAGGCGAAGUCAAGACAUUCACUAUCACGCUACACAACGCCUCUACAUGUCCUGUGGACUUCGUUCUGUUCACUUUCCAAGAUUCAACAACAAAGCAGCUGCAAUCAGCACUAGCUAACAAGGAUUUACUACCUGUUGAGACCUAUGAACUGGAAUUGAAAUUGGCGACCAAUCCGGCUUUGCGAUGGCGCCGCGAGGGUGAUGACUCUAGUGAUUGCUCAAUUGCAGCAGGCGAGAAGGCCAGUUUCACCGUCGAUGUCCUUGGAAAGCCGGGAUUGCAAGAAACCACAGUCCAGAUCGACUAUUCCCGGCUGAACGCAGCCCCGGGCGAAUUGCCCGAUGUGUUCUACACUCGCCAGCUGUUUGUGCCACUGACGGUCACGGUGAAUGCGAGUGUGGAGGUUGCCCGCUGUGACAUCUUACCGUUUAGUGGUGACUUCGCAUGGAAAAACAACAUUGAGCCACCAGUCGAGUCGGUUAAGGAAUCUGAUACGUUGCUCUCGACCGAAGAAAACGAUCCUUUCUCUCAGGUUUUGAGCCGCCUCGGCAAUGGAGCCUAUGGGCCUGAUCAUUGUGUUGUGUUGGUUGAUUUGCGCAACGCCUGGCCAAACCCAGUCUCUGUGUGGCUGCGCGUUAGCGAGCAGUCAAUAGAGCCACCUUCGACAGAAGUGACAACCAACAGUGACACGACUGGCCAAUAUUCUGUUGGUGGAGAACUCCAGCCUGGUCAAACCUCCCGUUUUGUCCUCGUCCUGCCUCGCGUGUACCUUGACAACCCCCAUGCUUCUAUUCCAGUGGUGAAUACUGGCACCAGAAGACAAUUUGUUGUCAGCGCCAACAAGCUAUCGUUCGAAGCCGAGGCAGCUUCUCGCGAGGCUUUCUGGUUCCGCGAAGAGCUCCUCAAGCGAGUUCUCGGGAGCUGGAAGGAAUCAGCCACCAGCCGCGAAGGAUCCAUCGACCUAAGAAACAUCAGAUUGAACGACCGCAUGGUUGAGGCGAUGCGUCUCGAGGAUGUUGAGAUGACAUUCUCUCUGACAUCGCCAUCUUCACCUGAUGACUCUGAAGCUGUUGAACAAACCGGCCGUUCUCGCUUCCGCGUCAAGACUGACGACCUUCUCACGUUGACUGUGACCGUUCAUAAUCGCUCAUCACGCCCCAUUCACCCCCUCCUGCGUCUCCAGCCUAGCCUUCGCCACCAGCCAAACAAUGUUGCACUGGAUCUUACUCGACGCCUCGUUUGGACCGGCAUGCUGCAGCAAGCCCUUCCCAUUCUGCCAAGCGGUGAGUCUGCCAAGACUUCAAUUGGCUUGACUGUACUUUGUCGAGGAGAAUACGAAUUCGGUGCUAGUGUUGAGGAGGCUCGAAUCUUGCGGCCAUCGGUCUCUGAUGGCAAUACCCCAAGUGCCGACGCUGCGGAUCCUCAUGAUGAGGGUGGUAUCAAAGACACGUUUGGUGUAGAUGUGGUGCGUCGGCGACGUAUUUGGCACGCAAAAGAACUGUGUAUCAUCCAAGCCAGUGACCCUUGA